CGACAGCGGAACAGCAGCGAGAGAGCGAAACGAUUCGUUUGACAAUGGCAGACUACAAUCGGGAUAGUGGACGUAGCGGCGGCAACUAUGACCGCGGCAACAGCGGUGGUGGCUACAAUGACGGCAACCGUCGUCGGAAACGCUCGGACGACAACAUGCAGUAUGGCGGCGGUGGCGGGUACAACGACGGCAGCAAGCGCCAUCGACAGAACGACUACAAUUCCCGCGACCGCAACUAUUCACGCAACGACAACUAUCGUGGCCGAGACAACUACCGCGACCAGUAUCACCACCGCAGCGGCGAUGACGAUGCGUUGGAACUCCGUCGUCGCGUGAUUUCGUUGGGCGACAGCGUCAACGUCAACGACUCGCAGGCCGUGCGUGACGUGUUGACGCGCUGCGGCGAUUGGUUGGGCGAGCAGCUGAUGUUCCAGGCACAGGAGAUCGCCGCGCUUGUGGUCACGUGCGCCGGUCGGCUGAGCGCCAAGACCGAGUGGUACGGCAUGCUCACGACGCUCCUGAACGAGAAGAACGCCGUGUUCGGCAAAAAGGUCGUGGAGCUGGCGCUGCAGACGAUCCAGGCAGACUUGGCGUGGUGGGCCACGGACGACGCCGCCGCCACGUCACCGCCCAAACCCGCCGGCGAAGUGCCCGUCCAAUUCCUCCGCAUCAAGUCCCUCGUCCGCUUCAUUGGCAACUUGACCACGACCAAGAUGAUCCUGGCCCCGGACAUGGUCGCCCUUCUCGCGACCUUCCAGAGCAUGUGCACGCCCAUCAGCCACGACCAAAACACGACCGCGCGCUCUGUCCAAACGGCCAACGCCGUCAAAGACUUCUUUGCGCACCUCGUCCUCGAUACUGUUCUCCAUUGUGGCCAUACACUGGUUGUGGCGGCGGCGGACCCGCUGGAUGCGCUGCUCGCGCAGUCGGACGCGUACAUUGCAUCCCGCGAUGUCCAGGACGAUUCGAACCGACUCGUGCCGGGGAACACGUGGCUACUGCAGCGCAUUCGACUGAAUCUGCUCGUCGACCCCGAAGACAAGGACCAUCUCCACGCGUAUGCCAAGACGCUGGAUCCACUCAAUGUCGUGUGGAAUGCCGUGCAGUCGCUGGUGACGGCGGCCAAGCAGGCGCCCCCCGCACCUCCGUCCGCCGACGCCGCUGACACGUCGACUCUGUUUCACUCUCAGUGGAAGAUUCAGUCGCUUCUGUACCCGCUGCUCAACUUUGUGCCCGUGGUGCGCAAGACCGAGUCGGCUCCGCUGCCGUCGGUCGUUUCCUUCGACUUGUUUCCGUCGCCGACUCAAUUUGCAUCAAAAGUGCCGCCGUACGCGGCCGUGUACCGCAUUUUGGAUGGCGACAGCGGGCCCAUCGGCAGCGCCAUCGGCAACAUGCACCUUCCGUCGUACGUGAUUGCGCGUUCGUACUUUGAAGACAUCGUCGAUUCGUUCCGGCCGAAUCCGGCUGAAGCCGCCAAGCAGCUGCUGGCCACGUGUCGCGCGCUCAACGGCCGGUGGAACCUCCAGGCCGAAUACAUUCUCGUCGAGUCGCUGCUCGUGGCGGUCGUGAGUGCGCCGCCGUGUGCCAACAUGGUCGGGUACGGCGGCGCGGUGCUGUUUCAUUUGCUCAAACACGAGAGUAAGACGAUCCAGUCGGCGUUUGCGAUCCUCGUGGAGCUGCUCUUCCGCCGCAUUCCGCUCAUGCACAUGCACGCCGUGGACGCGUUCGUCAAGCUGUUUGCGCUGUUUCUAAGUAACUUUGAGUACAAAUGGCCCUGGACGCACUGGAACUACGUGCUGGACGCCCAGGCCGACGACGCCCAGAGGCUGUUCGUGUCGGCCGUGAUCGAGCGCUGCGUCCGCUUGAGCUACCGCCAACACAUGCAGUCGGUCCUCCCCGAAACGUUUCACAUGCUGCUGCCCCCCGUGCCCGUCCACGUUAUCCGCUUUCGCCAGGCCGAAAGCAGUGCCGACGACGACUCGAGUGAUGCAGCGACUGGCGUGCUUCGGUCGCAGUACGAGCAGGUGUUUGGCAAGAUCAAGGCGCGGGAGGAGGCUGCCGCCGUCCAAGCGUGGAUCGACGACACUUCCGCCGCCCACGACGGAGCCCCCCACGUGGUGCUGGAGAUGGUCGUGGCGGCCAUCCUCGACGCCGGAUCCGCCACGUUCACGCACUUUCGUACGCUUCUGGACAAGUACGUGGGGGUCCUCGUGGCCGCAAUCGACGCCGACGUGGAGCGUCAGGUCGUGGUGAUCGCCGCCGUGAGCAGCGUCUGGGAGCAGUCGCCGCAGCAUGUGAUUCUGAUUCUGAGCAUCUUGUUGCGUCACCACGUCCUCACGCCGGUCGCGGUCGUCACGUGGUUGUUUGGCGCGGACGCCGUCCAACAGUACAGUUGGCCGUACGUGUGGGAGAUUCUAGACAACACGGUGCGCUAUGCCCUGGAAACCCAAGCAGCCAAAUCGACGCCGAAUGCUGUGGACGACGCGUGGGCCGGCUCGGUCGAGGACCUCUUCGUCGCCGUGUUUGAAGGCCUGUCGCGGGUGAUUGCAGCGCACAAGGCGCAGUGCGACAAGGAUGGCACGACGUUCAAAGACAACUGGUACGCGAGUACGCUGGCCCGCAUGCAGUCGGUCGGUCGUGACUUUCGAGUGGCGCUCGACCCGCUGCUCGAGGGGCUCGCGACGUCCGUCUUUGCCGCCCAGCACGCCGAGCACGACGUCCGAGUCGUGUUUGCCAACCUGCAAGCGUCCUUCCAGCGCGUCUAACACGGCUAUAAAAUGGAGUACUAGUUGGUUUCACACGGAACCAAGAAUCUGGCCAGAAAAGAUAUACAUACAUAUAAAACCACGUGAUUUAGACAAUAGUCUUGAUAC